UGUAAGGAACAUUCUUCCCACUGACCCCCAAUGUAAGGAACAUUCUUCCAAUUGACCACCAAUAUAAGCAACAUUUUUUCCAUUGACCACCAAUGUAAGGAACAUUCUUCCAAUCAACUACCAAUGUAAGAAACAUUCUUCUAAUUGACCACCAAUGUAAAGCACAUCUUCCCAUUGACCACCAAUGUAAGGAAUGUUCUUACUACCAACCACCAAUGUAAGAAACACAUUCUUUCCACUGACCACCAAAAUAAGGAAACAUUUUUUUUCCAUUGAGCACCAAUAUUUAAAAAACCUUCCAACUGAUCACCAAUGUAAGGGACAUUCUUCCCAUUGUCCCCCAAUGUUAGGAUCAUUAUUCCCACUCACCCAGAAUAUUGUGCAAGAAACAUUCUUUCCAUUGACCACCAAUGUAAGAAACAUUCUUCCCAUUGACAACCAAUCUAAGGAACAUUCCUAACAUCGACCACCAAUGUAUGGAACAUUUUUUCCAUUGGCCUGCAAUGUAAGGAAAAUUCUGCCUGUUAACCACCAAUGUAAGAAACAUUCUUCCCAUUGACAUAAGGAGAAUUUUCUCCCAUUGGCCUCCAAUGGUUGCCUCAGUUGGGACUAAUUGUGUCUUGUCUAUGGUGGGCAUGGUAUUGACACAGCCCCAGAUG